AUGGCCGGCAGCAUCGCCCUCAGGCGGCGCACGCCGUCGCAGCAGCCCACCGCCGGUGUCCCCACCUGCCCCCGCAGGAACGGUAAGCACUGGCCCAGGCUCGAUGUCACAUCCCCACAGGUCACGGCGGCGGCUGGCCCCGCGGCCAUGAAGCCCGCAGCAGCCACCAGCACGCAGCAGACCACUGUGAAACCCUUCAUGCUAGCUCUCUCUCUCUCUCUCUCUCUCUACACAACUCUAUAUGUCUCUCUCUGACGCUCUCUCUCCCUCCCCCUCUUCCCUUCUCUUUGGCCGUCGAGACUUCCGAUGGUGUUGUGCUUGGGGGGUUUGUGGGUUCUCGGGGGUGCAAUUUAUAUUGGUCGAGCCGUCAUUAAUGGCAGCUUUAAGAUGCUUGGCAGCUUUCAGGAAUGCAACAAAUAAGCCGUUCCUCUAGCGUUUGGUGGGGAGGCGAGCUUUGAUGGGGGUUUGGGGAAGGCUCUCUUGCUUCUCGUCGUCUCCAUCUCUCUCUCUCUCAUGCUCGUCGUAUAUCACCUGCACGGUCCGUCUUGAGAAGGCAGUUGAGCUGCCAGCAGCGGUAUUCCUCUUCCUCAUUAACUGACACGAGAUCGAGAACCCUACGUCCCUUCCCCUCCGACCCGACUGUCCCACUGGCCCGUUUUACCGUUUUGA